GCUCCUUGCCUUUAGAAUUCACCUCAAAAACUCACACCAUCCAAGCUGCUUUCUUGGGGUCGCAUCACCACAGGCAUCCUCUUCAUUGCCUCAAUACCAACUAGCCAUGACCGUCCCGAUACAACUCAGUACUGGCUCGCUGCUUCAUAUCUAUGAGUCGGACAAGCCGAACUCCUUUCCUAACGCGGUCGUUCAAGUUCUGAAUAUCAAGAAAAUCACGACUCAACCGUCCAGCCCGGACCGAUACAGACUUAUUGUAUCGGAUGGUGCUCACUUUAUGCAAGCUAUGCUUGCCACGCAACUGAACCCCCACGUCGUAAAUGAUGAAAUUCGGAAGAACGGGGUCCUCAGAAUGAAACGUUCCGUUUGCAAUACAGUCGCCAAUAAGAGGAUCAUCAUCAUUCUUGAAAUCGAAGUGCUUACGCCAUUUGCGGAGCUCCCCAAGCAAGGCACACCAAUCAACGUGGACGGGCAAGGUACACCCGGGGCAGGAAAUCAAGCAAACCUCAACCAGCAAGGGCCAGCCCAGCCGCAACAAGACACGGGUCAUGGGCAACAAAGCAGUGGCGGGCAGCAAACCAGUGGCGGCAACUUUUACGGAGGGAAUGGCGGCAAUAACGUGUAUACCAAUUCCAACGCGUCCCGGGGGACAUAUCAGGACAACAAUCCAUACGGAGGUGGAAACUCAGGGAUGUCGAAUAUGCCCCCGACAGGAGGAAACGCGCCGAUGGACAUCUUUUCCAUUAAGGCACUAACCCCAUACCAGAACAGAUGGACGAUCAAAGCGCGCGUCGUCAACAAGUCUGAGGUCAAGCAUUGGGACAACGCUCGCGGGUCGGGAAAGCUGUUCAGCUGUACCUUUGUUGAUGAGACUGGCGAGAUCAGAGCCACCGGCUUCAAGGAAGCGGUCGAGUUAUUUUACGAUUUGUUGAAGGAGGGCAAGGUGUACUACAUAUCGAAGGCGCCAAUCAAAAUGGCGAAGAGGCAGUUCUCCAACGUGAACAACGAAUACGAAAUGACGCUCGAUCCCCAAAGUACCGUGACCGAGUGCUCGGAUGCUGGAAACAUCCCCACUAUGCGCUAUAGUUUUGUAGGACUGAACAGUCUUUUCGACAUCGAGGCCAACAGUAUGAUAGACGUGAUCGGGGUUGUGAAAAGUGUGGGGGAAUUGUCUGAAAUCAUCUCGAAGACUACCCAGAAACCCUUCAAGAAACGCGAUACCACCAUCGUCGAUCAGAAUGGCUUUGAAGUUCGUAUGACCCUCUGGGGACAACAAGCGGAAACUUUUGAGCCCAUGGACAACCCUGUUGUCGCAGUAAAGGGAGUGAAGCUGGGCGAUUUUGGAGGUCGAUCCCUCUCCCUGAUGGGUUCUUCGUCAUUUGCCGUCAACCCCGACAUUCCGGAGGCACAUCAGCUUCGGGGAUGGUACGAUUCCACCGGGAAGACUGCGCAUUUCCAAGGGUAUUCGAACGCCGGCCCAGGUGCCGUUAGUGGACCGGGUCAGAAUGGUGGAAGGCGGGAUCCCAUGAAGUUCAUUUCGCAGAUCAAGGAUGAGAACCUUGGCCUCGGUGAAAAGCCCGACUACUUCAUGAUCCGCGGCACUGUGAUGUUUAUCAAAAACGAGAACAUCUCGUACCCGGCCUGCCAGUCGGAGAGCUGCAACAAGAAAGUGACAGAUAUUGGCAACGGAUGGAGAUGCGAGAAGUGUGACAAGACAUGGCCCGCGCCAUCAUAUAGAUACAUCAUGUCGUUCACCGUCAGCGACCACACAGGGCAGAUAUGGUUGCAAGGGUUCAACGACAUUGGCGAAGCGAUGCUGGGGAAGACUGCCGAUGAAAUGGCACAACUGAAGGACUCCGGCAAUCAAGCAGCAUACGACGCUGCCUUCUCUGCGGCGCUUUUUAAAUCUUGGGAUUUCAAAGUUAGAGCUAAAGCCGAGACCUACCAGGACGAAGCCAAGGUCCGGACAUCCGUGAUGUCUUUCGUGCCAGUGGACUAUGCGUCGGCAUCCCUUGAGCUCGCGGACAUGAUUGAGCAGUUGAAGGUUAUGUAGAAACGAUAGACUCUUUACGAACACUUUGAUCGGAUUCCAAGGACUUUAUAUGUAUAGUUCGACUUGACAUUAGUUUUUCGCUCAUGACCACGUACUACAUAAAAAGCAAUUUUGAAUGACAUUCUUUCUUCAUGA